CCUCACUCACACUAUAUUUAUCACAUCUUGAACUCCAAAACUCGGGCCCAAAAGGUCUAACCUUUGCACCACCUUGGACUACUGCGCACCUCUCAUCUGCAAGUCUAAAGCUUGUGAACUUUACACUACACCUACCACCGACAGCGACAUAUCAUAAUGGCAGCAAACACCAACACCAAGACGCCCAACCAAGCCAAUCCCUUCUCCCUCCCGCCACGCUACGAGAUCCGCAAGCUCGGCCCCGAGCACUUCCCAUGGGCCAACGCCAUCGUCGUCCACAGCAACCUCUUCCACUCCCCGGUCUGGCCGAACCUCUACCCGGACAAGCUCACCGAGCGCGCCCACGCCGCCUACGAAGCCGGCGAGUAUCUCUGGAUGCAUCAGAUCAACAGCGGCAUGUCCUUCGGCGUCUUCGACACCGCGUACACGUUCAAGUGCGCCGAGAGCAAGGCCGCAGGCGGCAAGCUGUACUGGGACAAGCGUGAGCCGGGCAUCCAAGACACCCAGGGACUGAAGGCCGAGGGAAUGCGACUGCUUGAGCAGAUGGACUUCCCGCUCGUCAGCGUCGCGCUGGCCUACGACGCCGCAAACCCGCUCGACAUGGAGAAAAUGGGCCCGCUGAUGGCGGCCAUCCCGCACUUUGGCCUCCUGUACCACAUUCUCGCCACGCGCGACACGCGGGACCCCGCCUCCUGGCAGCCCAAGGCGCACGGCGAGGUGCUCCUCCGCAACGCGACGUCAACGCGUCACGACUACGAGGGCGAGGGGUUGAUGGCUGGACUGGCGCGCUGGCUGAUGCGCGAGUCGGACGCGAGGGGCUACCGCGGCAUUCAGAUCGAGUGUGUGAACGAUGCGGUGGACCAUGUCUGGUCGAAACCGCCGAGCCCGUACGAGGGCAUCUUGGUCAGCGAGUUCCACACGGGGACCUGGAAGGAUGAGGAGGGCAAUUUGGCGUUCGCGCCGACGUCGCAGCGGGUCACUAAGGUGUACGUGGACCUGAAGCCGAAGGCUUGAGGAGUGUGUGAGGGUUUGUGGAGUGCGGCGAUGCUCGAGGCAUGCAAUGGGAAGGGUGGGUUGGACUACUCGAAUGCUCUCCUCUCGUUGGGCGAAAUGGUCUAACAGCCCUCACAAAUUUAGCAAUAGGAUUCCGAUGCACCAAUGAAAUCAAAACCCGCUACCAACAUACCCUAUCGCAUUCAUCGUAAAAAUGCCAUCACAGCGAUAGUAGUCGCACAAUUACAUACACGGC